AUGAAGGUCUCUACCGUAAUGCGCGAAGUCGCUGCUGAAUGGUUCGCGGCAGCCGGUGUUGUGAGUACCAUUCGCGCUGAAGUGCUGACGUCUAAUUCGUCGUCUCUUGCAGCGCAGCAGCACAAGCCGGCGGGUGACAAAUGGUACGACAAGUGGAGUCCGCAGUCGGCGAAUGUGUACGUCGACGGCAAGAGCGAUAGGCGCGAACUCACGCGCGGCAGCGGUGGUGGUGCCGGCGGUGGUGGUGGCAACGCGCCGGACAUAGAUGACCGGGCGUCCGGCUUCGGGCCUGACGACGAGGACACUGAAAACGGUUCAGACACACGAAUGACCACUACUCUCGUGGUCGUCAUCAUCGUCGUGUCGUUUCGCGAGCACUUUUCGCGUUUGUCGCUCAGAAUUGUCAAACAUGCACUUUUAGGCGACGUGCAAGACACGGUCUCUUACUCGGGCGAUGAGGCGAUCGGAUCCGUCGAUUGGGUCGUGGACACGGUUUCAACGCUGCAGUCUUCCAGCGCCACGUCGCCGGUGUCAAAGGACAUUUUUCUCACGGACUUUACUCAUGUACCGUCAACAGAACAGCCGCCUGUAAGCCCCCCUGGAUGGCCCCCCGAAUCGGUCGAUUCUUCGGCGAUUAUUCCUUUAAUUUGCAUUUGUAUUUUAGCCGUUAUUGGCGGAGCAGUUGUUGGCCUUUUAGCGGCGAUUUUAUUGGUAAUGUUUGUUGUUUAUCGGAUGAGAAAGAAGGAUGAAGGAAGCUAUGCGCUGGACGAAUCGAAAUGUCCACCAUCUUAUCCCUAUGCCUAUCAGAAGGCUCCCACCCGUGAAUUCUAUGCAUAA